CGCACGAGUCACGACGCCUCCGCCUCUCUCAUCUUCUCGACUGCAUAAACCGCCGUCGCUUCUACAGCAUUCGGCUCCCAAAUCGCCCCGAAUUUUUUCACGGUCACGCAGCAGGGAGGCGAGUGAGCGCUUAAUUGAUGCCAGCGGUGAGGCCGAGCCGUGAAGGUGAUGGCUGCAAUGAGGAUCAGACGGACGGCGGCGUGGAGGAAUACGACCCGUGGACGGCUUGGCUUUACAAGCCACGCACGGUCUCAGUUCUGCUCGUCGGUGCAUGCCUACUUGUCUGGGCAAGUAGGGUGUUUGAUCCAGAGGUUACAAGCUCUCCUGAUAAGGUCAUACCUAUUAAAAGGGGUGUCUGGGCUAUGAUUGCAGUUUUUCUAGCAUAUUGCACUCUACAGGCACCUUCAACGAUACUUAUUAGGCCCCAUCCUGCUGUGUGGCGUUUGGUGCAUGGCAUGGCUGUUGUGUACCUUGUUGCUCUCACUUUUCUUCUUUUCCAGAACCGUGAUGAUGCCAGGCAGUUUAUGAAGCAUCUCCACCCUGGUCUCGGAGUUGGUAGUAUAUUUAUGCAUAGAUUCAUGCGGAAAAAAUUAACGGUAUCAUCUCUAGGUACAUAUAUUCUGAGCAUUUAUUUAUAUCAAAAUGCAGAAUUACCAGAGAGAUCAUAUGGAUCUGACUGCCGUUUGUAUGUUCCGGAAAACCCUACCAACAGGUUUAUAAAUAUUCAAGAGACAUUAUUUGAUGAAUUUGUUAGUGCCCAUGUCUUGGGUUGGUGGGGUAAGGCAGUAAUGAUACGGAAUCAACUUCUCCUAUGGGUCAUGUCAGUUGGUUUUGAGCUCAUGGAGCUUACAUUUAGACACAUGCUGCCAAAUUUUAAUGAGUGUUGGUGGGACAGUAUUGUAUUGGAUAUCAUGAUCUGUAAUUGGUUUGGUAUUUGGGCGGGGAUGCAAACAGUCAGUUACUUUGAUGGCAAAACAUAUGAAUGGGUUGGAUUGAGCCGUCAGCCAAGCAUUAUGGGUAAGGUAAAAAGGUCACUAUGUCAAUUCACACCCGCCAAAUGGGAUAAGGAUCAAUGGCAUCCUUUCAUGGAGCCAAGGAGAUUCAUCCAAGUGUUUUGUCUCUGCGUCGGUUUCAUGACAGUGGAGCUUAACACCUUUUUCCUGAAAUUUUGUCUCUGGAUUCCUCCCAGGAAUCCCUUGGUUGUGUAUAGGCUGAUCCUUUGGUGGUUAAUUGCUAUCCCGGCAAUUCGCGAGUACAACACCUACUUGCAAGACAGCAAACCAGUGAAGAAGGUGGGAGCUUUUUGUUGGCUGUCAUUAGCUAUAUGCAUGGUAGAGCUUCUUAUAUGCAUGAAGUUUGGAAACGGUUUGUUUCAAGAUCCAACGCCCACUUGGUUGAUAACUUUUUGGGUUUCUGCGGGGAUUUCUCUCGUGCUUUUCUUGCUGGAAUGGUCACGAAGGAAUCACUUAUCUUUCUUGAGAAAGAAGCUGUAAUAGCUUCAUCAAUCAUCAAAGGGUUUCUGCUCCAAGCCCCCAAACCUCCAAUUGCUUUGUAUUUGUUUGUUUUCAAGAUAACCAAGCUAAUCUCUUUAACAAGAACUUGAGGUAGGCAAAUUUUACUUGAGAACAGCUGCGCCAUUACGGGCGUGAGGUUGCAACAGCUUCAAGAAAAUUUUAAUAUUUGGAACAAAUUUAUUUAAGAAAACAAUACACAUUUGUUCAAAAUGUGUUUGAACUACUCAUGAAACCUAGAUUCUCAGUAUCAACGCAUGCACAGGAUUGGUUGAACAUGCACCAUCUAAAGAUCUACUGAACUGGAAACAACAAAUGUUCAUCCUAGGACGCUUGUCAUGAGCACAAAACUGACGGUUUCAAUUUUCCAUGGUAAUUCAGUAAGUUUUACUAGUGCAGUAGCGUGUUUUUCUUGCAUUGU